AUGAAAUUGGCGGUGUUAUUUUCGGCUGCGAUAGCCAUUGCUGGUGGUGCUGCUGCUGAUUAUUUGCAUGAGAGCAAGGUUGGGCUCACCUUCGACAAGAUCAAGAGAAAUGCUGUAAUCAAUGAUGUUUUUGACGCUUCAGCUUUCACAAAGCCUUCAGAUGACGAAGAUGACAAAUGUCCGCCGUGCUUCAAUUGCAAUUUGCCAAACUUUGAGUGCACUCAAUUCUCCCAAUGUAACACUUUCACCGGAAUGUGUGAGUGCCGUGACGGUUACGGAGGCAUGGACUGUUCGGAGCCAUUGUGUGGAUCCCUUUCCGAUGGCAACAAGAAUCGUCCAGUUCGUGGAAAUGACACUUGUGCAUGUAAAGAUGGCUGGUCAGGUAUUAACUGUAACAUGUGCACUGAUGAUAGUUCAUGUGACGCAUUCAUGCCUGAAGGCUUGAAGGGAACAUGUUACAAGAGCGGAAUCAUUGUUAACAAAUUCCACCAGAUGUGUGAUGUGACCAAUCCUAAGAUCAUCUCCAUUCUCAAUGGGUUAAAACCCCAGGCAACAUUUUCUUGUAACAAGACGGCUGCAACUUGUGACUUUCAAUUCUGGAUCGAACAGGAAGAGUCCUUUUACUGUGACUUGUCCAAGUGUGACUAUCAGUACGAUUUGUCGUCCAACAACACUCAUUACCGGUGUGAGCAAAUGGCAUGUAAGUGUUUGCCAGAGAAGAUGUUAUGUGGCAAAGCUGGGUCCAUUGACAUUUCUGACUUCUUGACCGAGACCAUUCGUGGUCCUGGAGACUUUAGUUGUGAUAUUGAAUCCAAAAACUGCCGCUUUUCGGAGCCUAGUAUGAACGACUUGAUCUCCUCCGUGUUUGGUGAUCCUUAUAUCACUUUGCAUUGUAAGUCCGGUGAAUGUGUUCAUAAGAGUGAGAUUCCCGGCUACGAUAUUCCAGACCACAACAAAUUUAGCUUAAUGAAUCUCCUCACCAUAGCUGCUGUGGGUGUGGUGUGUGUUGUUGGUAUUGCUUCUGCAGUCUAUAACAUUGGCAAGAGUCCGUUGUUCGCAACAUCUGGCUACUCGGAGUACGAAGCGGUUUCUGAUGAACAUAACCCACUCAAUGAGAAUUUCACCCCAACAACAUUGUCUUUUAGCGGGAUCUCAUACACUCUUUCUCUGGGCAACAAAGUACUUAACAAUGUCUAUGGAUUGGUGAGUCCUGGCCAGUGCUUGGCCAUCAUGGGAGGCUCUGGUGCUGGAAAGACAACGUUAUUGGAUAUUUUGGCUGCAAAGAACAAAAGUGGUACCAUAGAAGGAAACAUCUACGUGAACGGCCUGAACUUGAAGAAGAGCGACUAUAAGAAAAUUGUUGGGUUCGUUGACCAGGAAGAUCACCUAAUUCCAACAUUGACUGUCUACGAGACUGUCUUGAACAGUGCGUUAUUGCGAUUGCCCAGAACAAUGACCUUCACUGCUAAAGUGGCCAGAGUGAUUGAGGUCUUGAACGAAUUGAGAAUUUUAAGUAUCAAGGACAGAGUCAUUGGUUCGGACUUCAACAGAGGUAUUUCUGGAGGUGAGAAGAGAAGAGUUUCUAUUGCCUGUGAACUUGUCACUUCCCCUUCAAUUUUGUUCUUGGAUGAGCCAACUUCUGGUUUGGACGCUUACAAUGCCAGAAAUGUAGUGGACAGUUUGGUAAAGUUGGCUAAGGAUUUUAACAGAACCAUCGUCUUCACCAUCCAUCAGCCAAGAAGUAACAUUGUUUCCUUGUUUGACAAAUUAGUUCUCCUCAGCGAGGGAGACUUGAUUUAUUCAGGAGAUAUGAUCAAGUGUAAUGAAUUCUUCGGUAAACAUGGCUAUCAAUGUCCUCUUGGAUACAAUAUUGCAGAUUACUUGAUUGACAUCACAGUUGAUCAUAAGAGAAUCAUCAGAGUGCCUGGAGAAGGCACAGAUGCCCAUGCGGCGUUCGUUUCUAACCCAACCAAUAGUGAUAUUGAUAUAACUCGGGAGUGGGAACAUUAUGCUGUUCAUCGUGAUGAGUAUAAUUACCAGCCAGUUGGAACGUCGAAGGAUAAUGGAGAUUCUUUAGUGCAAAUCAGCAACAAGUUGCCUCAGAUGUUUGAUGAAUCGGUUGCUGCUAUUGAGCUUAGACAGGAAAUUGAAGAGCUCCAGAACAAUGCUUCUGAUUUGGAUUUGCUGCACCACUUGUUAAAGAAAGCGAGCUUCUUCACUCAGUUGUGGAUUUUGUGUUCGAGAACUUUCAAGAAUUUGUACAGAAACCCCAAGCUUCUUUUGACCAACUAUGCCUUGUCUUUGCUAGUUGGUCUUUUUUGUGGCGUUUUAUACUACAAUGUCACCAAUGAUAUCAGCGGAUUUCAGAACAGACUUGGUUUGUUCUUCUUUAUUUUGGCCUUAUUUGGAUUCUCCUCUUUGACUGGGUUACAUUCUUUUGCCCAAGAAAGGAUUAUCUUCAUUCGUGAAAGAGCAAACAACUACUACCACCCGUCCAGUUACUACAUCAGCAAAAUGGUUUGCGACUUACUCCCAUUGAGAGUAUUACCACCAAUUAUCAUGCUUAGUAUUUUGUAUCCAUUGGUGGGAUUGACAAUGGAUCACAAUGGUUUCUUGAAGGCUCUCGCUGUAUUGGUCCUUUUCAAUGUUGCGGUGGCAAUUGAAGUGUUGAUCGUGGGUAUUUUGAUAAAAGACUCGGGAACCUCUACUAUUGUUGCAGUGUUGAUCCUUCUCUUCUCGCUUUUGUUUGCCGGGUUGUUCAUCAAUAGCGAUGACUUGAAAGUUGAGACUAAGUGGUUGCAAUGGAUUUCCCUUUUCCACUAUGCUUAUGAGGCGUUGGCCAUCAACGAAGUCAAGGAUUUGAUUUUGAAGGAGAAAAAGUACGGUCUCAGUAUUGAGGUUCCAGGAGCGGUCAUUCUCAGUACAUUUGGAUUCAACGUUUCUGCUUUCUGGAAUGAUGUUUCCUACCUUCUUGGAUGGGCAUUGGUGUUUUUGGCGCUUGGUUACGUCUUCUUACACUUCUUCACCGUUGAAAGGAGAUAA